AUGACUAGCUUCUAUGGUAAUUCAAAUCCUACAAGCUCGAAAAGCUCAACACAAUUUGCUGAUGUAGAAAUCGAACGCAUCUCGCGUUCGCUUACUCGCUUGAUUAAAAACAUUUUACGCGAAAAUUUAAACACGGUCAGUAAAGCAAAUGGUAAAGGAACUCUUACUUCUACUGAAGUAGGAAAAAAUGCCGAACUGACAACACAUCAACAACAAACUUUUGACUACUGCAUGAGGAUAUUGGGCAGUUCUACUCUAUACCCAUUAACUCAACAUUAUAAAUCAGUGGCUCGCGAUCAUAAAUCAUCAUCAAAGGCUUUACGUUUCGCAAACUUAUUCUCUAAAUUGCAAUCUCAAACAACCGUAACGAGAAAAUGGGCUAUAUUAUAUUUUUUAUUAUCACUCAGUGAUCAAUCUAACAUUGGUGAAAUAGGAAAAAUCGUUAAUACAUCUUCUCUAGAACAAGCAUUCUCAUAUCGCGGAUUACAAAAUUUAUCAAAUAAACAAUCGUCUGAGGAGACAUCAAAUCGAUUUAUUCCAAAUAUUCCUCCUAAGACUACUAUUGUUAAAGUUUCGAAAGAAGAAACAUUGCCUUCUAGAUCCGUUCUGAAGAAGCAAUUGGCAGAACUUGAGAGUUCUAAUGUAGAGGUGUCUGAGUCAUUGUUGUUACGAGACAUCGUAUUUAUUUUCCAAGGAAUUAACGGACAAUUUAUUAAAUAUAACGCAGAUAGUUCAUCAUAUAUAAUCGAUCCAAAACUAGAUAUAAAUCGAUCGACACGCGACUUAUUACAUAGACUUACAGAAUUUGGAUGGCUUUAUAAACGUGUCAAUGAGUUCGUGACGUUAAAUGUAAAUGAUCCUUCUAUUGGACUGGUUGGUCAGGCCUUCUGUUCUGCCUUACAACGUGAAUUGACUGAAUAUUAUAGAUCCAUUGCUGUUUUGGAAGCUCAAGUUACCAAACAAGUUGAAGGCGAACAAGUUUCUUCGCAAGGACUUACUUUAAAACGUCUACUGGUAUGGACGCAAGAUUCGCUUUUGAAAUUACGAAUAAUGUCAGUUCUUGUUGAUUGUUGUAAAAAGCAAAGAGGUGGAGCAUUAGUGUCGACAAUUUAUCAUUACACGAAUCAUGGAGACCCUUUCAUUCAGCAAUUUAUUAACAAUACACUUGAAGAGGUAUCGCGUCCAUUCUUUGAAAUGCUGCAGCGUUGGAUAUAUGAGGGUGAAUUGGAGGAUCCCUUUGAAGAGUUUUUCGUUGCUUGUGAUCCUAAUGUUUUAGAAGAGCAAUUGUGGCAACUAAAAUAUUUGAAUCGUGUAAAAAUGCAACCAACAUUUAUUAGUACUUUACUUGCAAAAAAAAUAUUUUCUAUAGGAAAGUCACUUAACUUUAUUCGUUAUAGCUGUCACGACAGUGAUUGGGUCGUUACCAAUGGGAAAGUAACUGGUGCUGAUAAAUUGUUAAAGUACGGCGAUAUUAUAGCGCUUGAAAGCUCGAUUGACGCCACAUAUACUGCUACAAGUCAAAGACUGUUGAGUAUUCUAUUCACUAAAUUUAAACUUAAAGAACAUUUGACUGCCUUGAAACGAUAUUUAUUACUUGGUCAAGGUGAUUUUAUACAACAUUUAAUGGCUCAACUAGGAUCUGGCCUUUCAAAACCCGCGAAUACUCUUUAUCGCCACAACCUUACUGGCACAUUGGAAGCCGCUAUUCGUGCAUCUAACGCUCAAUAUGAUGACCCGGAUAUUCUGCGAAGGUUGGAUGUUAGGCUUCUUGAGGUUUCCUCCGGUGAUAUCGGUUGGGAUGUUUUUAGCUUAGAUUAUCAUGUUGAUUCGCCUAUAAACACGAUUUUCACACCAAAAGCAAUGCAACAAUAUCUUAAAUUGUUCAAUUUUCUAUGGCGUUUAAAACGCGUUGAGCAUGAUUUAUCAACAGCUUGGCGUCGUAAUAUGACUAGUGCAAGAAGUUUAUAUCAAAUUAAAAAGUUUAAAAAAGAAAUAAUUACUAGUAGAUUAGUUUGUAGUGAGAUGAUACAUUUUGUGUAUCAGUUACAAUAUUAUAUUUUAUUUGAGGUGAUCGAAUGCUCUUGGGAUGAACUUGUGACUGACAUUAAUAAAAAAUCCGGGGAUUUGGAUUCUCUUAUCGAGGCUCACAAUAAAUAUUUGACAAAUGUUACAACAAAAAGUUUUCUAGGCACGUCAAAUAAUCAGGAUGAACUUCAUAAUUUCGCUUUGAGAGAUUCUAGAGAUUCUGAUAUGUCAAAUCCCGAGAAAAUUCGGGGAUAUUCCGCUAGUAUCAAAUCCUCAAGUAUAAAUACAAGAGAAAACUUCAAACCGAUCCAGGAACGUUUAGAAGAAGUUGCUGGAUUAUUCAAAGUAAAUACAUAUCAAACUUUAUUCUCGAAUAAUUUCAAACCCGAUUUUCACUAA